UUCCUCUAUGCCAUCCUUUCUUUCUUCCCCUUCUUUCUCCUUAAUACCUCCAAACCAAAUCCCAUGUCUACGAGGUUUUUCCUUCCCCAUCCCAUUUUUUCUCAUCCAACAGUUUUUUCCUUCUCUAUCUCCAAAAAGUUUAGGGCUUCUUCCCCUUUUUCCCGUAGCCUCCCAACAGUUUCCUUUAUAAUGAUCGACUAUUGGUUAUUUAUUUAUUUAUUUAUUUAUUGUUUGUGGAUCGGGUUUAACAGGUGGGCUCAGCUCAGCUUUAUAAGGCAAUAAACUUCAUUUUUCCCCUAACGCGUUUGGCCGAAAAACCAAAAUAACAAACGACCGAAACCGCCGAAUCUCAAAAUUCAAAGAAAAAAAACAAAAAAUGAGUUCCUUCCAAUCUCAGAUUUCUCCUGUAUCCGCCAUUGAAGGGGACCCAGAAGCUCAAACCCUCCACUUCCAAUCUGAAUUCAGCUCUGAACACGAUCGCGACGAGUCAGUUCUUCCUACCUACUGGAACAACACCAAGAAGAACCAGAUCUUGCUCGAGGGUUUUGUCGAGGCUUCAGAUGAUGAUAAUUUGACUAGAACAAAGAGCUUGACAGAUGACGAUCUCGAGGAGCUCAAAGGAUGUGUGGAUCUAGGGUUUGCGUUUUGCUAUGACGAGAUUCCUGAGCUCUGUAACACCUUGCCGGCCCUCGAACUCUGUUAUUCCAUGAGCCAGAAGUUUAUGGAUGAACACCAAAAGGAACCGGAAAAUCCUUUACCCGAGUCGGUGGAUUCUGUUUCCGGUCCCAUCCCGAAUUGGAAGAUCUCUAGUCCUGGUGAUCAUCCAGAAGAUGUUAAGGCGAGGCUCAAAUACUGGGCGCAAGCAGUGGCUUGUACUGUCAGAUUAUGCAACUGAAGGAACUUGAAAAAUUAAUAGACUGUUGCGGAUGGAGAUUUUUCAAGAUUGUUAGAGAAGAUGACAUGGGUCUUCUUCUUGAGCUUGUGCUUGGCAAUCCCAUUUAAAGAAAAGCAAAACUAAAAAACCAUCUCCAUAAGAUUUUCCAUUUGUAGCCAGAGAUGGGUUUUUCCUGAGACCGUGUAUGUUUGGUUUAAUUUUGAUGAUGGACGAAGAAAGAAGAAUGUGACAACGACGAUGAAGAAGAAUUUCUCAGGUUUGGGAUCAGCCAAUGAUCCAAAGAACUUGUGUCUGAUUCAAUUCUUUAGAAAAUUGUAAUAAUUAGAAUUUAAAACAUUGAGAAAGCAUUAUUUCUCUCAAAAUUUGGUUGCCUGUUGCUAAUUGAUUAUAUGUAUGCUGCUUUCUUUAUAUUUGGUGGCUUUCAAAUUCGAAUCUUAGUUAGUUUAGUUGCUUUUAUGCAGUGGUGAGAGCCCCAUCAGAGCUUCCACCAACAGCCUUUUGCUUCACACCUCUGUCAAUGCUGAGGUAACUAACCUUACCUAACUGAAAACAAAUGCUUUGACUGUUCUUUUGAUGUUCCAUUUUUUGGUCUAGUGUUCAUAUUUUUGUGACUCCCAGAGUGCUAACAAAUGCCAGAUUGUGCCAACUAUUUCUGUUCAGUUCACGAAUAUGGCCUGGAUGAAAUAUGUAUACCGAUUUGUUCGAGGUGGGGGAGAAUUGUCUGGGUCGUGUUGGUUUGCAUCUUGAACUUGGAGUUGUUUUCUGGUUUCUUGUAAUAUGAUAUCACCAGAAUACGAUCAGUUGAUCUAUCUUUUUCUGACUUGUGUUCCCUUGGUUCUUUGCUUCUGUGGCUUCCUGAGUGUGCUAACUAUUGUGUUCAGUCCACACAGCAUGGCAGAAGAAUUGAACUUACUACCUUGUACCAAUGUAUGAUUGGUUUUUCUUUUCAUGAUGAAUAGGAGGUGUUUUCUUGUUCUGGAUUGUAAAUUGUACUGACAUUACUAGAAAACCAUUAAUAUGAUCCCUUUUACUUUUGCUCC